AUGGAUUAUUCGUACGACGAAGAUCUGGACGAGCUGUGCCCCGUUUGCGGGGAUAAGGUCUCCGGCUACCACUACGGGCUGCUGACCUGCGAAAGUUGCAAGGGCUUCUUCAAGAGGACGGUGCAGAACAACAAGCACUACACGUGUACGGAGAGCCAGAACUGCAAGAUCGAUAAGACGCAACGGAAAAGGUGCCCGUACUGCCGUUUUCAGAAGUGCCUGGCCGUGGGGAUGCGGCUGGAAGGUGAGCGCGCUUGCAUUGGCUUGGGUCCUUGCGCUGCGGAAGGGCCUUUGAUGGCGGGCAGAGGGGAAGGAGGGUCUCGGCCGGGG